AUGUCGAGUAGCAGUAAUAACGUUCCUGCGAAUAUGGAGAUUACGAAAUUUCUGUUAAUAGGAAUUUCUACUGCUGCAGUCGUAGCAGGAGUUUUUGGAUUGAAGCCCUAUUUCCAUAUAAAUUAUACUUUGCAUCUGACAUCUCACUAUCAGUACUGGAGACUUUUAAUAUGGCAAUUGGUCUACUGGAAUUCAACAGAGGUUCUUCAGGCACUUUUUAUACUGUAUCAAGCUCGAGACGUGGAACGGUUGUUAGGAUCUAAUAAAUAUGCUUCAUUUUGCAUUUAUAUGUUUGCAAUGGGAACGUUUAUAACUCCACUAUUCUGUUUUCCCUUAGCCUACUUAUUCCAUAACUUUGGAUACAUUCACCCUGGCCCUACCUUCGUUGUCUUCGCCAUCCUUUAUCAAUACUUUUACGUCGUUCCAUCAACCGUCUAUGUUCGAUUCUAUAAAAUUUUCAUCACGGAUAAAGUUCAAAUGCUAUUUCCUCUACUGGGACUAGCCUUAUCCAAUCCGCCUAGCUCUUUUUUUAACGCCGUCCUUGGAUGGACCGUCGGGAUGUUUUAUUGCCAUGGUUUUCUCCCUUAUACGUCUUGGCGUUUACCCGCUCGCUUUGUUCCUGCCGUUUCUUCAUCUCGUCAUAUAUAUAUUCGUCCACCCCAUACCGAUUCCCAAGCACCUUUGGACUUUGAUCCCUCUUCCUUGUUUCCUGCAUUUGCUGCCAACUUUAAUACAAACCUUCGCGCAGAUAUCAAUGCUACCAACGACACCGGUUCUACAAACGUUCCAGAUCUUCAAAGAGAUACUACACCUCAUUCUGAUGCUGAAGCUUCAGGUUUCACAUCCAGCAUACCAAGAAACCCCUCUUUCCGAAGUCGACCUUCUGUGACGCGUCAACCUUCUGCACCUGUUUUGCCAGCCGGACCUGCAUCUCAGUUAUAUGAUAUGAUUAGCGGUCGGUCGGAACGUCCUGAAUUGGCUGGUGUGAGAGAAGAAGACGUUGAAACUGUACAAACUAUUAUGCAAACAACAAGAGCGCAAGCCGUCCAAGCCUUGUCCCAAACUAAUGAUGUUCAACAAGCUGUCGAGCUUCUUUUAGAACAGCAAUCUUACGAAUCUUAG